AGCGCCAACGCUGCGCUCGCUGAAGCCAUCAAGGACACGGUGGCGUCGAACGAUGUUGUGGUGUACAGCAAGUCGUGGUGCCCCUACUGUCAGCGCUGCAAGGCGGCGCUCGCCGACAUUAACGUCACGCCGACCGUCGUGGAGCUGGAUGAGCUCGACGACGGCGCCGAGAUCCAGGCGGAGCUGCUUUCGCUCACGGGGCAGCGGACGGUGCCGAACGUGUUUGUGAAGGGAGCUCACCUCGGAGGGAACGACGACACGCAGCGCGCAAUCAGCAGCGGAAAGCUCGCCCAGCUGCUG